AUGAUCGUAUUAAUAGUGAGUUGACAACCUAUUGAGCAAAAGACAUAGAAAUAAUUUAAUGUUUUGACUUCCUCAGAAAAUAUGAAAUUCUCGCUUGAAGGCAAUUAAAGUUUAAAGGCUGUAUUUAUUCAUUACGUAUUAGGGCUAACUCUGGACCUAGCACCAAUGGGGCUAACUUUGGACCUAACUUUGGACCUAGCCCCAAUACUUACCCUAACCCUAACCUACAAUCUCGUCAACAAUCACGUGCCUUAACCUUAUUCACACCUCAUUGACCUUGACAAAAAUUAACAGAACAUACCGAAGUGUGCCGAGUGGGAAUUUUGCAUUCCGGAACUCCGAUGUUAGUUAGUAAACUUGCAAAACAGAUCCCUGCUGAAACAGUAGCACUAGGCUAGUACUAAAAGUAGAUCAAAUUUAGGCCUAUCAGGUUUAUCAUUAUAGACUUGUCAUACUGGAUGAACAGGGUUAGCUAGAAUAUGAUGUACAGAAGAUAACUUAUAGUUGACAUUUAAAUAAGCCUGAAAAAAAAAUGGAAAGAAUGGAUGAGAGAACAGAAACAGAAGAAGAGAACAACUGUGAAGAAACAGAUAGUUCUGGCUCAGAUUAUGAAGUAGAUGAAUGUGAUGGUGGUCGGAUACAAACAGCCAAGAGAAAAAUUCUGAAGUUUGUUAAGAAAAUAAGACAAAAAAUAGAAGAACCAUCUACAAAGUAUAAACUAGAAGAUGUGUCUAAAACUUCUGAUGAGUACAAUUUUAAUUUUCAAAAGAGAGGAUGUUGCUUGAUAAUUAAUAAUGAUACAUUUACCAAUAUGCCACCAAGGCCUGGUUCAACAAGUGAUGUUUAUAAUUUAAAGGCAGAGUUCCUGAAUUUAGGAUUUAGUGUAAAAAUCUACAAUAAUCUAACAGGUCCAAAUAUGGACAAAAAACUAAGAAAAGUUGCUCAAAAAUAUGAACAUGAAAAUGCAGAUUGUUUUGUUUGUAUUAUGUUAUCACAUGGUGAUGAAGAUAUAAAUCAUCGCCAAGAAAGAAAAGAUGUGGUAUUUGGUACUGAUGGUAUAUGUGUUUCAGUUGCCUAUGCAAUGAACCUUUUCUCUGAUGAUGAAUGCCCUGGCUUAAUGGGCAAGCCACGGUUAUUUUUUAUUCAGGCCUGUAGAGGAGAAAAAACAGAAAAAGGUGUAGAUAUAAAACUUGUUAAAACUUCUGUCAAAAAUAGUGGAUCUGGGGACAGACAGAGCAGCAAAGAUAAAACAGAUGGUAUAGAUGAUCAACCUGAUGCAAGACCAGCAUUAGCAGAAGAGGCACCAGUUGAAAAGUCUUUGAAAUCACCAGAUCUUAAUCCACCCAUUCAAUCAACAUCAGAAUCAGAACUUGAGGAAGAUGAAAUUAAUCCACCCGCUCAAUCAACAUCAGAAUCAGAAGACGAGGAAGAUGAAAUAGAUCAUUACAUGCAAGGUUUAGAAAAAUUAGUUACUAGUCCAAGUCCUUGUUAUAAAGAUUCUAUGGUUAUGUUUGCUUCACCUCCAGGAUAUUUUGCUUUUCGUAGACAGAAUGGAUCAUGGUUUUUGAAAUCAUUAACCACUGUUUUAAAACAAUCAAACAAAUCUAUUGAUCUUAUGAAAAUGCUGACACAUGUAUCAUAUUAUAUGGCAAUGAAAUAUCAAUCUGAAAAUAAGAAAAAGAAAGAUAUAGAUGGUUGUAAAGUAAUACCUUGUAUUAUAUCUAUGCUAACUAGAGAUAUCAUAUUUACCCCCAAAAGUUCAUGACCUUGCUAGAGAUUCCCCAUUCAUUUAGCCCACCAUCCCCAGAAUACUCAGGCUUUCAUUCAGGCCUGUGGGUAAUACAUAUUAUUAACAUUCAUAACAAUUACCAUCACCCAUUAUCCCUUGUAGGUUCACGUUAUGAGAAUCACAUAGCAGGUAUCAUAUGGACCCCAGUUAUAAUUCAAAGUUUUUACGUACAGAUAUAUUUGAAUUAAAAGGCAGCGGUUUAUUUGCCUUCAUAUUUGACAACUGAAAAACAACUAAAUUAUUUUACAAAAACAUUUUAGUGACAUUUGGAAAAGAUUUAAUAAUUCUUACAAAAUUGCUACUUUGUGUACUAUGUAAUAAAGAGGUUAAAAUGGCAAUUCACGCUUGAUACAAAAACCAUUGAAUAUCUUGAAUUUAUCAUUUAAUUUUUGGUAUUUGUAACAUGCAGCUGCUAAAAGAGAGAAUACUCUGGCAUACGCAAUAUGGUAUCAGGCAGCAAACACAUUAGCAAAAUCCCUACGUUGAGUUGUUUAAGUUAGGGGUCUGAUUGGACCCCUUGUUAUCUUCAAGCGUUGGGCCUGAUUUGCAUGUAACAGAACUCUGCAUGUGGGAAGCAGAUGAAUACCGAGUUCUUCACUACGUGUAAAAAUGUAUAGGAGACAAAGUCACUAAAUUUCAGAAAGCAGUGCCCAGUAGUUAUUACACAACACUAUAAAACAUGUGCAUGGGGUCCACGGAGACCCCACGUGAACCGACAAGGGUUAAACUGAUAGUAAUUAUUUACCAUUAAACGUUACUUUAUGACUGUAUAAAAAAAAAAUUAUAAUGACAUUACAGAGAUAACUUUAUUUUUUUUAUAUGAAGUACCCACAAAAUCGGCUCAACGUAAUCUUUGUUCACAGCAAUUAAAGGCAUUUGCAAUGUAUUGGCUCCAAGUCUGUCAAGGGCUAAGUGAAGGUGACACAAUGAUGUGCUUUGUAUCAUGGGUUUGAGUUUUUGUCCUCACCAUUUGCAUAUGGAAAAAUCAAUUGGUUUCAGUGUGGUUCUCAAUGCUACAGUCAUAAUCAUAAUGCUCAUCAACCAGUGUCCAAUCUGAUUAAAAUACAGAUCUAUAUUUCAUUUUAUUUUUUUAUACUUUCGAUGGCCUACACUACAUGAAGAUCUGACAAGUUGUACUCGAAGGUCGUGUCAGGGGUCGUAUGAGUGGCUUUUGACCCUGUGACAUCAGCAUUGAUUAAUCAAUCAGCGUUGAUGUAUUUAGUAGUUUACCCACAGUUCCGUGCAUGGCACGCCAAGAAGUCGCCAUAACAAACCGUUUCAUUGGCUUAUCCCUCACUUCAACCAAAAAGCCGGUAAUAUACCAACUCUUCCAGAUGCUAGUGUAGUAAAGACACGUAAACGAAAUUUUAAACUAUAAAAAACGAAACGAAAUAGGAUCUGUGUUUUAAUCGGAUUGACGAGUGUCAAACAUAAUUGUGUCUCAGCUACACAGCCCACAUUUCUCAGGGUAGGAGGGAAAGAUUCCUGCCUAAUGUUAUGAAUAUUGGGUUUUUGUGUCCUCCACAGGAUCUUGGUCAUCCUGCAGAAUCUGUGGUCACCACACCCGUGAAGUCUGUAAGAAGUAAAUAUCUUUUUUUGAUGGGUCGAUGGUAACCUUUUUCAAAAUCAAAAUAAUUGUUACCUCAUAUGGGAGUUCUGUAGAUUAAGUUCAUUGUAUAGCAUAUGUUUAUUGUAUUCUAAUUGUCCUGCCUAAAAAUGGUCUGUCUGUCUGUCCGUCACACUUUUUGGGACACAACAACACUCCUUCUAAUUGAGCUAAAAUGUUCAAACUUGAUGUGGGUGUUUAUUAGGUGAAUGCCUUGAUGGAGUAAGCAGAGAUAUGCAAUUUGAUUGGUUGAUGCUUUGGGACACCUUAACUUAGGUUCUAAUUAAGUGAGGGUGAUAAAACUUGGUGUAUAGUUUUAUCACAUCAAUACCUUGAGUAAGUUCGAUAAUGAGCAUUAUCUGCUCAGGGUAAGCAGAUCGAGUGAUAAGCAGUUUAAUUGGUCGAGACUUUGGAACACAAUAACUCUCCUUCUAAUUGAGAUAGAAUGUUCAAACUUGGUAUAGUAGUUCAUUAGGUGAAUGCCUUGAUGGAGUUUGAGCAUUUUCUGCUUAGGCUAAGCAGAGAUAAACAAUUUGAUUGGUAGAUGCUUUGGGACACAAUAACAUUGGUUCCAAUUAAGUGAAAACGAUGAAACUUGGUGUAUAGUUUUGUCACAUCAAUACCUUGAUUAAGUUCGAUAAUGAGCAUUUUCGUCUCUUUGGAACUAGACAACUUUGAUUCUAAUUGAGUGAUAGUGGUGAAAUGUUGUGUAUAGUUUCAGGAUUACAUCAAUACCUUACUUAACAAAGUUUGAUGCUUAGCAUUUCUGCUUAGGCAGAGUAGAAGAUUUCAAUCUGAUUGAUCAAGUCUUUGGAGCACAAUAAGUCUCUUUCUGAUUGAGGUAGGAUGUUCAAACUUGGUGUAGGCGUCUAUUAGGUGAAUGCCUAGACAGAAUUUGAUCAUGCGCAUUUUCCACUUAGGCUAAGCAGAGUUAAGCAAUUUGAUUGGUUGAGACCAUGGAACACGAUAAAAUUGGUUCUAAUUGGGCAAGAGCGAUGAAACUCUGAUUAUAGAUUCAUUAUAUUAAUACCUUGACUAAGUUCGAUGAUGAGGAUUUUCUGCUUAGGCUACCUAGCAAUAAGCAAUUUGAUUAGUCAAGACUUUGAAACAUAACAACUUUGCUUUUAAUUGAGGUAGAAUGUUUAAAACUUGAUGUAGAUGUUCAUUAGGCGAAUGUCUAGGCGGAGUUGAAUGAUUAAUAUUUCCCCGCUAAAGCUUAGCAAUUUCAUUGGUUGAUGCUUUGGGACAAGAUAACUUUAAUUCUAACUGAUGGAGAGUGAUGAAACUUAAUGCAUAGUUUCACUACCAGGUACUUCAACACCUUGACUGAGUUCGAUCGUGAACAGUUUAGCUUAGACUAAGUAUAGAUUAUCAGUUUGAUUGCUCAAUACUUUUGAAAAAUGUGCAUUUAAUGGAUAUGUGUCAUCUAUUUAUUUUGGGUUUUCGGCGGGGAACAUCAGCCUCACUGUUGGUUUGAAUCCUGUUAAGGAUUAAUGGACUUUUAAUUAGAAUUAUUUGAAGUAUAUUUAUAAACUUUUUAAAAAAAAAUAUUAAUUAACUUUGUUUUGUUAUGGAAUUUAAUAUAUUUUGUUUACUUGUUAUGUGUAAUAUUCAUAGUUAGAGAUUAUUGGAUGUCUUCGAUUUAAGGGGCAAAUUGGAGGAAAUCGCAUAAUAUUGAACAGAUUACCUGUUUUAAAACGCUGUUCAAUAUUGAAUUUACUCAUUACUUAUUUAAUUUACAGUACUUUGAUUACAUCGUUCAAAAGUAGUUUAGUAUUUGUAACAAAUUAACAUUGUUUUAAUUCACAGUUCAAUAUUGAAUUUACCCAUUACUUAUUUAAUUUACUUUUAGUACUUUGGUCAAAAGAUUAAUAUUUUUAACAAAUUAACAUUGUUUUAAUAUACAGUUUAAUAUUGAAUAUACUUAUUUAAUUUACCUUUAUUAAAUUGUUCAAAAUGAGUUUUAAUAUGCAUUGUUAAAGAUUAUUGUAUGUUAUCCAUUUAUUGGGUAAGUUGGAGAAAAUUGCAUAAUUAUAUAAUUUUAACAAAUUAUAAUUGUUUUAAUACUUGUUUCAAAAGGAGAUGCUAAAUAAAGAUAAUGCAAAAUGAAUAUAUUGAAAAUUUCAUUCAAAUUACUCUUUUCUGAGCAAAGAUAUUAACCAUUGAAGGUUUGACAAGAUGUGUAUGUUUUGUCUUUAUUAAUUUGUACUUAAUUUCUAUAGCAAGUUAACUUUUUAAAAAAAAACUAUUGAAUUAAUUAUGCAAUAAAGAUUUUA